AUGACGGAGGAAGCCUUAGGUGGCAGUGCCAGCGGUCUUCCUCGGGUGCUGUGCCACGGCGAGAUUUUGUUCGACUGCAUCGCUAAUCCGGAGGCCGCCGGCUGGGAGCUGGGCAGGGUCGAAGAGAGCGCCGCGUGGACACCGUAUCCGGGGGGGGCUCCUGCGAACGUGGCCUGCGCGCUGGCCAAGCUGGGCGUCCCUGCGAGCUUCGUGGGCGCGGUCGGCCGGGAUGAAGAGGGCGACAAGCUCCUGCAGGUGCUGGAGUCCUCGGGAGUCGGCACGGAGCUAGCCGCCAGGGUCGACGACCGCCCGACUAGAACGGUAAUGGUUACGAGGGGCAUGGACGGUGACCGGACGUUCGCUGGGUUCGGUGGCGGAAAGGCGUCCGACUCUUUUGCCGACUGCGAGCACAGGCUGUCGGAGUCGGAGGAAAUGGUCAAGGGUCUGCUUGAGCCGGGGUCCUGGCUGGUGCAAGGGACACUCGGGUUGGCCUACCCAGGGUCCUGCGAGAGCCACGUCUGCCUGGCCGAAUGGGCGAAGGACGCCGGGGCUGUGCGGUACCUCGACAUCAACUGGCGGCCGGUGUUCUGGGAGCUCGCGGGGGAAGGGGGCGGGGGGGAUGACUUCGAGUCGCUGGCGAGGGAGCGCAUAAUGGACUUCUCCCUCACCGCGGACGUGGUGAAGCUCACGGACGAGGAGGCGGAGUGGCUGUGCGGGAUUUCCGGCGAGGUGGCGCUACGAGACCCGCCUUGUCUGCAGAGGUUCUUUCCGGCCGCCAAGGCAAUCCUCGUCACGGCGGGGGAAAACGGAGCGGCGUACUCCAUGGGGGGACAGACGGGUUUCAUCCCCGUGUUCGAAGGCCUGAAGGUGGUGGAAACCACGGGAGCCGGGGACGCGUUCUCGGCCGGCUUCAUCUCCGAAGCGAUCAAGCUCUUGUCUUCGGAGAAAGCCGGCUUGUCGCCAGCGGGUUUGGAGGGUAUUGGGGGGAGAGCGAGGGACAUGGUUCGGUUUGCUUCGGCUGUGGGGGGCCUGACUUGCUGCGGGGACGGCGCGAUCAAGCCCCAGCCGCUCCACGGCGAAGUGCUAGGGCUGCUGCAGCAGUCUAGCGUGGGUUCGGAAUGA